CGAAUCAAUAACGAGUUUCCCAAUUUCUUACAGCUCCCAGGAGGCUGAAGAGCUAAACUCAGAUCAGACGGGAAGUCUCAAUGCAAGAACUAAUGAUUCAAGAAGUUCUGCAAGGGAUGCCGAAAUGUCAUAUUCUGAGUUUACAGUUGUCAGUCAGGGUCAUGUCACCAGCCAAACGCGUGGACGUAGCAACCCAACUGAGCCGUCUACGGAGAAUGUGGCUUUCGAUGAAGGUUCAACUCACAACAACGAUGAGCCCGAGCGAACUGCCGGUCGUAGGAGGAAUGAUUUAGAACAACCUGGAGCUUACCAGUUAGUAGAUGGUCGACGACAUACUUCAGAAAGUGGGGAAAUGUCUACUUCCAUCCAUGGCGAUCAACUGGUCGGCACUAGUGAAGGAUCUUGCCCUGUCCAGGAGAAGGAUUCUAUCACAGGUUUGACAGCGAGUGCACAUGCCCGAAAGUCUUUUCAAAUGGAUAAUGAUGAUUCUUCGGGCCAUUCUAUCUGUGAUGGAAGAGAUAGAAAUGCUCUCCUUCAAGAGGAUCACGUUGAACAGGAUGUCAGGAGGGAGAGACCGGAACAUCAGCCAUUUCCCCAGCAGGAAGGUGGUAUACAGAUCAAUGGGUUAAAUGUACCUAUUCAGGAGACGGAACUGUGCAGAUUGCGUGAGUCAGUUACGUGCGAUCAGGGUUGUGCCCUGAGUCAUCCCUUGCAGGAGACGGAACAGCCAGCUGCAAGACGGCCAAGUGAACCUUCCGGCUUGCUUGCUUGUCAACAGCCUCGUGAUGAUGGCUCCGUUAAUGUAGUGAGCUCUUUGGGUCAGAUCGAACAGCCUAUUGAGCAUGCCUGUGAACGCCGAGAAAUACGAUUAUGGAAAGGACAAAUUGAUAGGUCUGCUUCACAAAAAGCCGCAAGGAACAAAAAAAAUCCUCGGGAAACUUAUUUCAUAGUGAAGUAUACGGAGGUUGGACAGCUUCGCCAGACCGGUGACGAUGGAUUUAUACCAGCCGUUUUCAGUUCCGCCAUUGACUCCGAUAGCUUCGAAUAUAAGUUUGGGGUAAGGAUGUAUCCCAAUGGAGUUGGUGAAGGAAGAGGCAGGCAUGUCGCCAUCUUUGUUCACAUUAUGGAGGGUGAACACGAUGACUUCUUAUCCUGGCCUUACACUGGAAGAAUUACUUUGUCAGUUUUGGAUAGAAGUGGACACAGACACAACGACAUCAGCAACACUUUACAAGCUAAACCAACCUUAGCUGCAUUUCAAAGGCCUCGGGAAGCCAUUUGCCCCUUGGGAUAUGGCUUCAUUUACUUUGCAAGGAUCCAGCUGUUCUUCGGUCCUCAAUUUGUCAAAAACGAUGAACUGUUUUUGAAAAUUGAAUUUUCAACCAAAUGAAGAAACCAAAACGAAAGGUUUCAUAUCCAUAGUGUUUCUAAGAAUUUGGAGAGAAAAGUUUGUGUAGUUUAUGGAGAAGACUUCCUUACGCAAAUUGUCGCUAGUGAUGGCUAACUGCCUUCUGGGCUUUCUCGGUAUCUCAAGUUAUUUAACUAAGUGAGUCCCAAGAAGUUUUCAACCAUGAUACGCUAUUCGUUGUAACUAUACAUCCUAUUCUGUAUACACAAUUGAAACACAAUCUUGUGCCAGCUUAAUAGAUGUGUACCGUGGGUUUCAUACAGGAGGGUGGCAAAGGAGACGUGACAUUUGAUCAAGUCGAAAAUUAAUUCGUGACGCGUGAAUUUUGCAGAAAGGCAUGGUAAGGUGACUUUAAAACUCGCGACGUCUGAAAUAUUGCUUUGAGUACACGUGAGGGGUGAAUCAUUUAUUCCUAUUUUCGUGCCUGAAACGGGAUCAGGACCCCUACUUUGCUACCCUCAUACAGCUUCUAGUUAGGAGCGUCGUGAUAAGUUAGGAUAUGAUCUAAAGCAACUAAUUAACGUGCCUUUUAAAAAAAAUUGCUUCAAUACACCGUAGGAAAAUUUACAUAGCGACUUUAGCACAAUAUUACAACUGCACAUUAUUCGCGAAGUGUGUAGGAUUUCUAUUGUACCGGCUUGAAGCUGUAGCCUUUUAAAGCUUAGAUGGAAGUUUUUUAGAAGACAAAAGGACUUAAUUUAAUGGCGGCAUUCCCUUUUUAAAGGCGUCUGCUAAAUGCUGGUUCGUUUUACAAUAAUUAUGUAUAUAAAAUUCAAGAACAUAAGAAAGAAAAGUGGAUACAGGCUUCCUACAGAAUAUGCUCCUAAUUUUGCUUAAAACGGGUCUCGUUGUGAAUAUAUUUUAAAGUCAUAUUUUUCCAAAACAAAUAAUUACGACAUUGUUUCCUAAUUUAGUAAGGGGUUUUCUAAGUAGCCAAAGCAGUUCUUCAUUAGAGUAUGCUUCUAAGACAACUGAGUUAGGUAUAACACUUGUAAAAUAGAGUGAUGGUUAGUACAGAAUAGAAAAUCCGACAAAACUAAUGCUCCUGAUAUUCAGACUGAUACCUUUCAGAAAAGGCAUACCAACUUUGAAUUAUUGAACAUGUAUUUUUUCACUUAUGCCGAGCAGAGUAGAGACGGAGAGUUGUAACUCGAGUUUUCACGCAUUGCGCGACCAUCAGCUGAAUGUAAU